UACCGUAGUGGUUUGAACAAAAUAGAUUCCAUAGAGGUUAAGGUUAAGGAAAGAUAUUGUUACUAUUAAUGAAUCAGACAAAGGAAUACGAGGAGAAAAACGUGAAAGAUGAUUCUACUAAAGGAAUUGCUUAUUUUUGGAGAUCGACAAACCUAGAACCGCACAUUCGAAGUUUGGCGUUUAGAGAAGGAAUAUCUAAGGUAGCCUUAGGAAAUCACCAUACUUUACUUCUCACGUUCAACUCUCAAGUCCUUUCUGUUGGCGAUAACUCUUUCGGCCAGCUCGGCCUUGGUGAUCUUAAAUCCCGAAGGGAGCCCACAGUUAUUGAUUACUUGCGUGACAAACCGGUACAAGAAAUAAGUUGUGGUGGUCAACACGGUGGUGUCAUAUGUGUCAACAAGGAGGUUUUUUUCUGGGGAGAUUCAUCUAGGGGACAAUGCGGCAUAGAUGAAACAAAACUUGUUAACCUUCCUUCGCUUGUCCGGUUUGAACGGAGUAGCAUCUCGAAUGGUAGAGGAACACUGCAAAACGACAGUUUCAAGAAGAGGGAACCUGUCAUAAUUGAAAUUUCAUGUGGAGACAGCCACUCACUAGCACUCUCAAGUGAAGGUGAAGUCUGGUCCUGGGGAACUGGUUGUCAACUGGGACAUGGUGUUGGAACAGACGGAACUGCUAUUCCUAAACAAAUAGAUGGUUUGAUUGGCAAAAAUGUAACAGAAAUUGCUUGUGGAGCAUAUCACUCUCUGGCGAUUGUCCAAGAGGAUGAAUCACACCCGACUUUUUUGCUGUCAGGCAGUGAUGGAGAGACUGUAACAUCAAAAUCAUCACACAAAAUAAAACGGGAAAAAUCUGGAAAGAAACAAAGAAAACUAUCAAAGGGAUCUAGCAAAAGAGGCCAAGUUUCUGGAAAACAUGAAAAGCAAAGGGAUUUUAAAGUUGAGACAGUUGGAAGUCCAUCAGAAACUGAGAAGAAUAGUGUGAUGCGGACAUAUCUCAGUUAUGGACCAAUGGUCGCUGAAACAAAUACUGAGGGAUAUAUUAGGGAUGUAGCUAAUGAAGGAACUUUAUUGGUACAAGAUAAGCAUGCUAAAAUCACCUCAAAGAAAGAGGAACCAAUCCUCUAUCCCUUUGGUGAAGACAUCUUAAAUAUAGAUGUUAACAAUGAAGAUGAGACAGAAAUGACUGAUGAUGCAGCUUCUGCAGUUCAUAUUCAUGAUAGUGAUGCAUCUCUUGACAUUAUUGACACAGGGUUUUCUUCGCUGGAAAAGAGUGAUGUUGAUCAGUACCUAAACAUUUGCUCUGAUCAGUCAUUCCAAGAAAUAUACUCUGCUGAAACUGCAGCUUCUAAAGAAAAUAUGUCUUACUCAAGUACAUCAAAUUUAUGUCUGUCAACAGUAUCUCCAUCGAGCCCUACAAGCUCUACAAGUAUUACAUAUUUUAUAAGCACUGAUUCAGACUCUGAGGAUUCCCUUAAUAAGGUGAUCAAGGACAGUAAAAUCACAGAGUCAGCUGCACCCAAUAGAACUUCAUCUGCUUUUUACAGUGUUAUUGGCAGUAGACUCAUUAGACCGGAUGUCAACCUAAGUAAGUUGACAAGUGCCGUAAUGGAAUCUGUCACUGGCAUGUUUAUGUCAACAACACCUGGACAGUUCCCAGUGUUUGAUGCUCCAAAAGCUGUUAUGUCAAAGGAGCCUUGUAAACAGUGUGGCUUGCUAGGCAUGUGUUUGUGUGAAGGUACCACUAGAAACAAAUUUAAAUUGGCUGGUGCAAAUACUCAGGUUUGGUCAUGGGGAAGUGGAGGCUGUGGACAGCUUGGUCUAGGAGAUACAGAAGAUAGAUUUUAUCCAUGCUGUAUAAAAGAGCUCAGUAAUGUUGGAGUGAUAAAGCUAGCUGCUGGAACCUUCCACUCAUUGGCUCAAACAGUUUGUUCUCAGGUUUUCUCGUGGGGAGAUAACUCUUGUGGUCAGUUAGGAAGGAAAAAAAGCAUGGCUCUCUGUCCUAAAAAGAUCAGAUGUUUUUCAGAUGUGCUCAUCUGGGACAUUGCAGCUGGAAGCCACUACUCUUUAUUCAUUGGAGACAUGGCCCCUAGUAGGCCUGAUGUCUAUGUUUGUGGCCGUCAACCAAGUGCAAUGCCAAGUGUGGCAGCAACAAUGAACAGCAUAAGAGAGAGCACAUCUAUGCCUUGUUUAUUCAGUGGGGAGAGUUCCACAACAGCCCAGGCAACAACAGAAAAAGGGAUGUUAUCACAAUCACAGUCAUUUGAUGACACAAAAGAACGUUCCCUACAGCACAGUAGGGUGGAGAUUGUCAGACUUACAAUGUUCAGAAAGGUGGGGCAGCUGAGGAGUGUCAGUGCUGACACAGAACACUGUGCAUGUCUUGCUGGCAGCGACAAGAGCGGAAUGUUGGAGAUAAUGAGUAAUCUUGCUAGUGAAGAGAGACUAUUUUAUUACCAGCUGGCUCUUAUUUGGCAAGCUGUUCUGACGCCAUUCCUUCAAUCAGAAGUAUGGUCAUGCUUGGCUCUAGGAGAGGUUGGACAGGUCUUAUCUUCCAUAAUACAGGCUUUUUAUGUCAUUCUGAAAUGUGUUUCCACUAGUUUUACAUCUGUAACUCAACUUGUGGUAUCAAUGAAGGACUUUCAAGAGCUGUUCAAUCUGUGUUGGUCUGAUGAUUUUUUACAAGCAUUUGAGAGGUAUUCAGAAUCCUUUAGUAAUGGAGCAGCAUUUGGUGUGUUUUCAGCAGUUUCAAGCAUAACAAGUGACAUCUCAUCGCUGAGCGAAACUGUGCUAGGUGAUAUCUUGGAUGAUGCUGGUCAGGAAUCUGUUGGUUAUGACAAUGCUUUUCAACGUGUGAUGCAAUUUCCAUUGUUGAAGAUGCAGCACUACCAAGUCAUUGUUGGAAAAUUUCAGAACACACUAAAACUUUCUCAGAAACAGGAAAAUAUAGUGAACUGUGCAAGAAUGGAAGAAGAGGCAAAACGAUGGGAACAGCUUAUCACUAAAGAUGAAAACAGGCAAGCCGAAGCUGAACGUACACUCAAGUUCUGGGUCGAGUGUCCAGCUAAAGUUGCAGAAAUCUUUAAGCAUCCAUGCAGACGGCUACUAAGGAGUAGCAAUGUGCACAGUCUUUUUCCAUCUAAGGGCUCAAGAUUUUCAACACCCCUCUUUGUUUUAUUUGAUGAUUUUUUUGUCCACUAUCAGUCUGCAAAAAGCUUCCAAGCCUUUCCACUGACUACUGUUUGGGCUGAAGGGGUGGAUGACACAGAAGGAGUGUUGAAUACAAUUAAAAUCACAACACCAGAAGAAAUAUUACUUGUCUGUGCUCCAUCAACAGUUGACAAGGCAGACUGGUUAAUGACUAUUAAUCAUGCAGUGGCUGCUAUCAUUUCAAGAACCACAACAUAUAGACUAGGAGUAGACUCUGUUAAUGCUAAGACUGGAUGCCUGGCCCCAGCUGCAGCCCGAGAAGCUUCGUAUUCCUAUGGGCAUGAUUCUGUUUUGCGUGGAGCAAGUUAUCAUGGCAUGUGGUUACAGGGAAAGCCUCAUGGCCAUGGUGAAAUGCACUGGCCUGAUGGCCGGCAAUACACUGGAGAAUUUAAACUUGGCCUGCAGCAUGGAGAAGGGGUCAUGAUCUUCCCACCCAAUGUUGCUGAUUACUCUAAAGAAAAGUAUGAGGGUCAGUGGGAAAAUGGAAAGAUGGCUGGUUAUGGUGAAGUGAGCUAUUCUAAUGGCAGUGUAUAUGUUGGUGACUUGAGUGACAACCAGCGUUCUGGCCAUGGAAGCAUGAAGUCUGGCACUUUGUCUUCAGCAGGGACAACACUUUACAUUGGAGAAUGGCUUCAUGACAAACGAUCUGGUUAUGGAGUUUUGGAUGAUAUCUUAAAAGGAGAGAAGUACCUUGGCAUGUGGGAAGCAGACUAUCGUACAGGCCCUGGAGUGCUUGUAACACUUGAUGGCAUCUACAACCAAGGAAACUUUUCACAGAACAAACUCAGUGGUAAUGGUCUUCUACUGUGUGACGAUGACACAAAAUUUGAGGGAGAAUUCAUUGGUGAUUGUUUGUUGUCUGGAAAGGGAGUGCUUACAAUGCCAAAUGGAGAUUACAUUGAGGGUAUAUUUACUGGCCAGUGGGGAAAUGGAAUACGAAUAAAUGGCGCAUUUCACAAACUGGAAGCAGGAGGAUCAGCAAACAAGCCAGCAAGACGUUCAGUUACAUACAACCAAUCCCUGAUUCCACCUCAGAAGAAAUGGAUGUCGUUAUUUUGUCAGUGCCGUAAAGCCCUAGGAUGUAAUGGUGAUCAAGAUGCUGAGCUGUCGGUCGUAUGGAAGUCCAUAUCAGUUACACUGAGAAGUAAGUGGGACUCAAAGCUGAUGCAGAGUGAGAAAGACAUCAUUCUGGAGCUAUUGGAAAGCAACAGUGAAAUGGAACAAACUGCUAGAGUCACAGGAGAUUUGGAAAAGCUACACCCGUAUCUAUCAAAGGCGAUGAGCACUAAGCAGCAUCCAGUAGGACAACUUGUAAAUGGACUAAUUGAUGUAUUUCGAGCAAGCUACAUUGGCAUGGGCACUCAUAGGAGACUGUUACCUCAUGCUGUGGCUGAAGUGAAAUCUUUUGUCAUCAGGGUAUACAACAUUAUACGUCUCCUAUUUCCUGAACUUCCCAACGAAGAGUAUGUUCAUUUAGAUACUACCACGCUGUCGGGUGUAUCAAGUCAUGGUACAGAAGAGGCUGCUACAAGCAGCGUUCUGCUACACCCCCUGCUCUUCCCCAGGCUCUAUCCCCCACUGUUCACCUUGUAUGCCUUAGAUAAUGAACGAGCAGAUAGUGCAUACUGGGAACGAAUCCAGCAGCUAAACAAACGCUCAGACUGGGCACUUAUGACUUAUGUAGGCAUGAAAAGGCAGUUUUGGCUCACUAAAGAACAAGAUAUGGGAAGUCGUUCAGACGAGGUUAAACUGGAGCGGAGAGAAGCGGAGCAUUAUGUCAGUGCUGUAGAAUCCCUUCGGCAAAUUAGCACAAAAUUUAGCCCGAUGGAGAAGCUUGGAUUGUUGAAGUCAACGUUUGAGCAGAUUAACCAAGAGGUUAGCUCAUUUUGGCAGGGAGAGAAGAAACUGGUCUCUUUAGAUGAUUUGUUUCCAGUGUUUCAGUUCGUGGUCAUCCGAGCAAGAAUACCCCAUCUUGGUUCAGAAAUUCAGUUUAUCGAUGACAUGGUAGACAGUCAUGUUCAUGUUGGCGAGCAGGGACACAUGUUUACUACGCUUAAGGCUGCCUUUUUCCAGAUACAAAAUGAAAAAGGCUGAGGAUUUAUUGCUGUGAUUAAAUCACAAAUGAAAUAUUUAUACAACUUUCUAUCGUCAUCAGUCAGAAAUGGAAAAGAGGCAUUGUUUGAUGAAACCUUAAUGGAGCAACAAAUGUUUCCCUCAAUACCUUAUUACGUUUUCUACCUUUUUAUGUUUUGUCGAUCGUUUUCUAUUUCAACCUACUCAUAGGCAUUGUCCACGAAACUUGUUCAGUUUAUCGUCUUAAGUUCAUAUUGCAAAUAUAUAUUUGCUUGUUUAGCUGGGUCAUCUUUCCUUUUUCUUUUGAAUUAUGACUUUGAUUUAAGUUUUAAAUAGUAGGGCAUACACUUGUCACUAAGAUGACAGCAGAACAAAAGAUUAUUGGAAAAACAAAGAAAAGCAGAAAGCCCCUUUAGCACACGAUUUGUUAACCAGUCAUUGGACACUUUGAGCUACUUCAUGCGCGGUUGAUCGACGUUUACCUAACAGUAUUGACAGUCAGUUGAAACAAAAUCGGAUUUGCCAUUAUCUCAAUUCUUCAAAUUACUGAAAGAUAUCCUCAUUGACUGCGUGGUCAAGGCUUUUGGGUCAUUUGAAGAAACCUUUCAGAGGAAUUUGGGUUCUUAUUUUGUAUUCGAAUACUUUCCCAGUUUUAUAGUUUAGGAUCCAAUUCACUUAUUUAAGUCACAGAUAAAGUUGGAGCUUUAUUUUUAACUCGCGUAAUUAAGCAUUCAAAGUAAGACUUGUUUAGUUAAGAAUUCAUUAAAAGGACUUUUGUGCCUUA